UGUUCAAUUUCCCCCUCCCAUUGACUCCGGUCCCCUUCGCUGCCUUACUGUCAUGGCAACGGACGGCCAAGGGUUAAAGUUCACUCUGUGAAGUGAAGAGUCGCCGAUUCCUUUUUUGAGUUAGUCCACGCGCAGCUGGCAUCCGAACAGAGCAGAGCUUGUGACUGUGAUGCCCGGGCUCAUCCUUGCGCUGUUCCUGCUGGUCUGCGUGUCUGCGGCGUCUCAGGAGAAAUCUCAGAUCGUCUACAGACCUCCUGAGGUCCUGGAAGAUGCUCACUUCGCAGAAUCCUUUGACUCUGGGCCGCUGGAGGGGAGGUGGGUGCUGUCCCAGGCGACGAGAGAGGGAGAGGAGGAGGAGGAGGACGACACUGCUGUCAAGUACGAUGGGAUCUGGGCUGUGGAGGAGCCCGUGGAGCAGGUUCUGCCUGGAAACAGAGGCCUGGUUCUGAAAUCCGCAGGCCGACACCACGCCAUCUCGGCCCCCCUGCUCAGAGCCUUCCACUUCCUGGACCAGCCACUCAUAGUGCAGUAUGAGGUCCAGUUUCAGCAGGGGAUGGACUGUGGGGGAGCCUAUAUCAAGCUGCUGUCUCAGUCCGAGCAGCUGAAUCUGACUCGGUUCAGUGACACCACUCCGUACUCCAUCAUGUUCGGGCCAGAUAAGUGCGGAGAGGACCACAAGCUGCAUUUCAUCUUCCGGCACAGGAACCCCCUGACGGGGCGCUACGAGGAGAGGCACGCCAGGAGACCGGACUGGGACCUGAGGGAGUACUUCACUGAUCGCAGGGCUCACCUGUACACGCUGCGGCUAUACCCAGACAACAGCUUCGAAAUCCUUAUUGACCAGUCGGUGGUCAGCAAGGGCAGCCUCCUGGAGGACAUGACCCCGCCUGUGACCCCUCCAAGAGAGGCGCCAGACCCAUCAGACACCAAGCCUACUGACUGGGAUGACCGGCAGCGCAUCCCUGACCCCUCAGCCAUCAAGCCAGCAGACUGGGAUGAGGAGGCCCCCCGGCAGAUUCCGGACCCCGCGGCCCAGAAGCCUCCCGGCUGGCUGGAGCAGGAGCCCGACUUCAUCCCCGACACGCUGGCACAGCGCCCGCAGGACUGGGAUGAGCAGAUCGAUGGGGAGUGGGAGGCGCCUUUGGUCCCUAACCCUGCCUGCAAGGACGCUAUUGGUUGUGGUCCCUGGACUCCGCCCAUGAUUUCUAACCCCGCCUACAAGGGGAAGUGGAAGCCUCCUAUGAUUGACAACCCGAACUAUCAGGGACAGUGGCAGCCCCGGCUGAUCCCGAAUCCAGGGUAUUUCGAAGACCCUCAUCCAUUCCGCAUGGCCCCCCUGGGCGCGGUGGGGCUGGAGCUGUGGGCGCAGACGGCGGGAGUGCUGUUCGAUAACCUGCUGGUGUGCGCAGACAUGCGCCUGGCCCGGCGCUGGACUCGCCUCACCUGGGAACAGAGGCUGUCUGCCGAGCGCGCCCUGGCGCCUGGCGUCCUGGUCCGGCUGCUGUCUGCAGCGAUACAGCGACCGUGGCUCUGGGGGCUCUACGUGUUCACUGUGGGGCUGCCCAUCAUCCUCUUCAUCAGCUUCAUGUGGCCGGACAAGAGGUUCGGCCCACCUGACCAAGAAUACUACUAUAAGAAGUCAGAUGAGCCUCAGCCAGAUGACCCCCUUGACUCCUUGGGAUCCCAUAGAUCUAGGACUCAAGGAGCUGGAGAACCAGUAGGAUUGUGGGAUGAAACCUCUGGCAUGACAUCAAAGACCACGUCGGACCCUAAACCUGAGCCUCGGAGUAGAAAAUGAGCAGCCCUGAAGAUGUGACACCGCGGUCAGGCCCUGGGGGAGCCCCACCUCUCGAGACUCUUGUACCAAAUCAGUAACGUGCGUGCAGUGGAAUUCCAGCACUUGGCAUAAGAUGUCCUUCAGGCUGUUCCCUGAACGCAGGAUCAUCAAAGUUUGUGUCUGUGUCUGUAUCGGACACCCCAAGAGCACACACACAUGCGUUUUGCAGCCGGAACAGCAGAGCCACACAGAGUGACUUUGGGUGACUGUGACUGUCCCCCAAAUUCUGCCCCUCUAACUGGGGUGAGCUGAAGCUAAUCCUCCUGUCAGAAGCCUUCUGACAUUCCAGCUGUGAGCGAUACUUUUUUUGGUUCCGGAUUAAAAAAAAGAAGUUAAAAAUGUGAAAUGACCUUGGUCUCACACUCCCUCCUGGCUGGGUAAAGAAACCUGUUCCCCGUCAGUGGAAGCUACAGGGAGUAAAGAAUGAGGAAACGAUUUGCUUCAGAUUGGAGAGACGGGCAGAGGGGGGGUGGGAGGGCACAGGAAAGGACGUGCUUUCUGAAGAAAAAUAUAAAGCAGCUUUUUAAGAAGUGCAGAGUCGCUGCUCUUUAACCACAGGCCUCCUUCCAGCCUGUGGUUAAACGUCGUCCUUCAGAGCUGUUGCCUUUGCCCUGGUUAGCAUUGCUAAACAAGGCCCCGUGAGGCAGAAACUUCCUGCUUCUCUGUAAUCCCAGCUGUGCAGGGCUGGUGCUGGGCAUCAGGACUGAGCAGCAGUGCUUUCUUGGGGUUACCUGCAGCAGGUGGAGACUGUGAUUCCUAGGGAGAGGCCCCUGGGGUGUCAGGCCUCUGCAUCGUAAGUGCUCCCCCACUUCUAAUCAGCUUCAUUACCACUGCCCGAACUCCAGGUUGUCUUGCGUUCCUGAUCUUGCUAAAUAAAUUAUAUAAAUGGUUUAAGAAAUCUA